AUGGUUCACGGUGUGAUGUUAGAUCCCAUCUCUCCAGCGUUGAAACAUAUUACUAGCAAUCUAUUAUUAUUAUUAUCAUUAUUAUUGUUAUUAUUAUUAUUAUUAUUAUUAUUGUUAUUAUUGUUAUUAUUAUUAUUAUUAUUAUUAUUAUUAUUAUUAUUAUUAUUAUUAUUAUUAUUAUUGCCAUUAUUAUUAUUGUCACCGCCACCAAUUUUCCUUUAG